AUGGGUAGUUCAUCAACAACAACAAACAAAGUCGAGAAUGAUGAUAAGAAGAACGAUCUCGUGCGGCUCAGUACCAAGGACUUUCAAGGGAUUGCACUUGAUAAAUGGGUCGAAAAUAACGACAACUUCUGCAAUCAUUGCAGGGGUCGUAUAGGGAGAUUCAGGAGAGCCUACCGUUGCUCUAAAUGUAACAAUAUCGUGUGUCAUAACUGUUUGGAGACUGGAAGGUUUAUUGGUCCGAAAAUUUGCAAGAGAUGUUUCAAGGGGGAGGAGAUAAGUAACUCCAAGCUAUUGGAAAGCCGUUCCUUUUCGGCGGUGUCGGGAUCUUUGGCCUCGGCACCCGAUCAAGACUCGAAAAUCAUCCCAGCAUCAGGGAUCUCGUCGUGCAGUGAUCCACCGAGCACAGCGGUGACCGAUAUACCGGUGGUUCAGGCUACACUAGCUUAUCAGCCUAGAAAACUACCAAGUAUCUGGAGGCAGGCAAAGGUCAUGUCUGAUGGACAGAAGUACAUAGACCCUCAUGACCCAACAGUCCGAUUCGGAUGGGAUCUCUACGCGUUGUUAAACAUUCGUGUCAUAGAAGCGAGGGGUCUCAGAGCAGCCGACACCAACGUCUUUGGCCGAAAGUAUAGUUCUGAUCCCUACUGUGUGUUAUCAGUGGAUAAGGAUAAGAUAGUUCGGCGAACACCCUACAUGAAGCACACGUUACAGCCUGUCUGGAACUACGUGUGCUCAACGAUGGUGUUGAAGACACCAAGUCAAAUAUUGCAAGUGGAAGUGUUCGAUCGGGAUGUAGCAUCGUCUGAUGACGUGAUCGGUAGAGGAAUCCUCGACUUGUCCACUCUCCGUCACGACCAGCCUGUCGAUGGCAAACCGGCGGGUGCUGUUCGAUUAGAGGUUGAAUUCAGCUUUACUGUGAUCUCGGAGGUGGCCGCGUAUAUGAAACGUUAUAUGCUGGCUGAGGCUCAGCCUAAAGACAGACCAAAGUUCGAUGUUAAUGCUCUUUAUGGCCCUGGCAUGUACAUCCUGGAGACACUAUGGACAGAUACCUUGAAGGGUCUACUCAUGGGUUUCUUCUACCCGAUAUUCGAUUGCUUCGUGGAGUAUUGGCCAGCGGCACUAUGCUGGGGAGUUGCAGCUUUGAUGGGACGUAAUAAGAUGAUGUCUGCUUACAAGAAGGCUUCCGAUCAAGAGUCCUCCAUCAGUAGACAUGGCAGUAUGGCCUUCGUCGCUUUGGAUGACGAUGAUGAAGAGAAGUCGAUCAACGCCUUAGUGCGUAGUUUCACCCAGUUGUCCCCUACCUGGCUUAAGGAUACAGCAGCCCGGUUCCAGCGGCCUCUCAGGAUUCUCGCCGAUUCCUUAGACUUCGCGCAAGAUUUACUCAUGUGGAGGUGA